CUGAAAAUAUGUUUGAAAAGCCUUUCCAUUUCAUAAACGACCGAAUAAUAAGUCCUGUAACCGUUUACACUACACAUACUUCGGACAAGUGAGCAGUCACCACAUUGAAUGCGUUUUGUUAGGCGAAUGUUGUUAGGACUACUGUCCAGAUCCGCCGCCUACUGACGUAAAAGGAAAUAUUUCAUAUUAUUAAGGUCAAUAUUGACAAAAGUAUUACACCACUGUUUACGGCAUAUAGACGGUAUCAAGAUGGCGGCGAAUCAUCACCAUGAUUGUCCGAUCUGUUUGGAAGAAUAUACCCAGCCUAAGAUUCUUCCUUGUUAUCACACUUUUUGCCAGAAAUGUCUGGAGGAUCAUAUCAAGGCGCAUGUUCAUCUCAACAAGUUCUUCUGUCCUGUUUGUAGAAAAGACACGGAGGUUCCAAAAGAUGGGGCCAGUGGAUUUACAGCCAAUUUCUAUGUCGUAGAUAAGAAUGAUAAGCAGAGAUGUCUACUACAUAAACAAAUGGUACUUAAAUUUUACUGUCGUGAUUGUACCAAACCUGUCUGCUACGACUGCAAUGUCGUGGGUCACGAAAACCACAAGAAAGUCGAUCUUGAAGUUGUUGGGGUAGAAGCCAGGGAAAAGCUGUCAACUCUAAAGCAGACACUGGCCAAAUCGCUUCAAGAUAUACAAGUUUUCUGUGAUACACUCACCUACCAGAUAAAGGAUAUCAACAACUCAGCCGUACAAGCCCGUACAGAUGUCGAUAUACAAGUGGCAAAAAUUUGCACCACAGCCAAACAGCAUGGCGAGAAAGUGAAACAUGACAUUAAGAACAGAGAGGAUGAAGAAAUUGCCACGGUCAUGAAAUUGCUGGAUGACAUGAAACAUGUCCAAGAUCAACUGCGGGAGAAUGUACAAUGUUCAGAUGAUGUGUUGAAGAGAGAAGCAACUAUUCCAGUGCUAGAUGCUUUACCUGCGGCCCAAGCGUUGACAGACGAAGUUAAAGUCAAACAUUUAGACUUCCCGGAGAUGAAGCAUCCAUAUUUUCCCAAGUUGGAGAUAGACGAACAGUGCUUACAGCAGCAAAUUGGUCAAAUGGAAACCAUAUCGUCAAAAACCUUCACAUCGACUUUUAAUGCCAGUUUGAUGGAUGAAACAGAUCGGUCCUGUGAUGGCGGUAGCGUACAGAUACAAGGGCUGCCUUGGAAUGUGCGUGUACAACAUAACAUAGAUAAAUCAACAUUAAGCAUGUUCUUGAAGAUGGGAAGUACAGAUGAUGAAAAUAUCAAGUCCUGUAAAGUUCGUUACACCUUCAAACUGAUCAACACGUUGGAUGAGAGCCAGUCUACCGUACGCACGACUGACCACACAUUUACACCAGGCGGUGGCAACUGGGGCUGGAUUGAUUUCAAGGAUUGGAAUUUCGUUCAGAAUAAGGACAAUUAUAUUGUGGAUGUUGACGACAUGUUUACUGUUCAGACAACAGUAAAAGUAUUAAACAUAGAACAAUAAACUGAACACGUAGGACUGGAAUUACCCAGAUGGUAUUCACUCGGUGGUAGGUGUGUUCUACAAAGAACACCAUCUCUUUUAUUUUAGAAUAUCCCCUAAUUAACCAAGUACUAAAUAUUCAUAUAAAAUAGUUAGUGUUUUAUGAUUUUUUAUGAAUUAUUUCAAUAUAUUUAUAUUCGUAAUUUACCUUUAUUUUGUAUGUAAACGUUUUUCAGUUUUCAUCUUUGGAUGUAUUAUUGGCUUGUAGCAUUAAACUUAAAGAUACAUUAUGGGAGAUUCAAUAACGAGUUGGCAGUUCUCACUAUAAUAGUUAAAAACUAGAUAAUAUAAAGCCAAUUUGCUGAAAAUUCCAUUCAAAUUGAUCCACUAUGAACCGAGAACAAAGCGAUUGAAUUUCCACCUAGCCUUGGUCAUCAUUACUAAAGUCAGUAUGAUUGAUAAACAGCAUAGUCUCGAUUAUCCAUUUAAUCGUUAAAUCGAGAAGGAAAGUUAUGCAGUAAAUUGGCUCACAAUCCACUAAAGAUCACAGACUAGCGAUGCCAUCUAGAGUUAAUUAUGGUCUGGAUAGGUUAAUUAAUGUCGAAUUAAUAAUUUAGAUAACAUUUCAGGCCUAAAGAAAGACCUGCAGUAGACAGAUUUAGCUCUUGCAUAAUGUAUGUUUAAGAAGUGGAUCAAUUUUGUUUAUUUUCCUGUAAUAUUAUUUGAUUCCCAUCCAACUGUAUUCAAUUUCUCCAUAAAUGUGACGUCUGGUCGAUGCCAACCAGAGCAAAUUUCACAAAAUUUUUGAAUCGAAUUAAUAUAUUAUAGCUAUUUUAUUAUUUGAUAUUGUCAGGUCAACUGUAUAUACAAUGUAUGGAAACUAUGACAACAGACCAAAUAAAAAUCUUUCUUGUAGAAACCUGGGCGCGAGAAAUUUUUUGAAAAACUGACUAUAAAUAGUGCUUUCUAUAUGCACACGGCAAAGUUGUCUAAAUUUAUGACAAGGUUUGGGGGCUUCUGUGUAACACUAGUGCUUUUAUUCUUUUUUCAUGGAACUAAUUUUACAUUAUAUUAUACAUACAUAUCUGAAGUUAGCUUAUGAUGUGAUGUAUAUAUCGGAAUAAAGAAGUAAAAUUGGGCGUAUUUUUGUUUAUGUAUUUAUCUACCGUAAACAUAGAAGUACUUGCACUUUAUCUACUAUGAUAUAUAUUCUUAGGGAUGGUUUAAUAUUUAUGGGAUUCAAGACUUUUUCUUUUUAAAACAACUAAUGCCAAACCAUUUGUUGUCAAUAUUCAGAUAAUUUACGCCCUGUUUUGAGAUAGAGCACCCUGGUCAAUUGCCCGGGGGAUAGGGCGACCAUACGGGCCACAUGAUAAUCUAUGUAUGUUUUGAAUUGCAUGUUUUUUAAUGUUUUAAAAGUACCAAUACAAUAACUAUAUGUAUAAUUUUAUCGACCAUUUACAUUAUUUUUGGUUUGAUAUAUUCUAUUUUAUUUAUUUUAUAUAUUAUUUUUAUUGUAUAUUCAUUGUUGUAUAUAUUAUUGGCUUGUAGCAUUAAUUGUAAGAAGUGGACAGUUUUUCCCUCGCACGAUGGAGUUACGUUGGCUAACUACCCAGUAGAACCCACUUUACGUGCACGCCGAUGUGUACAAAUGACCUCGGUUUUUUCAUCCCAACGUACAUUGUCCUUUGCCAGGCCCUCCGUAAUACACCACUGACAAGAGGGAACCACGCCGGAAAAUCACGAUAAACUGUCAUGUACAACACAGGGAUCAAACCAGUGCCAUGUUAAUGCUGUGCUGGCUCAAAGGCAUAUUUUGAUAGGUGGUCUGGAAAUACAGAUAUUUUGGGUUCAACGAUAAAAGAAAAAAGUUAAAGAUGGGUUCCCGCGUACAAACUGGGUGAUUUAAUGGUAUAUAUGAAAUAAAAACAUAUUCAAACUAA